UGUCCUGAACCGUGGAUCUGAAGGUGAACCACACACACUGUAGGUUUUAACCCGGCCCUGAAGCACUAUCUCCCGUCUCUUACUGCUCCAUCCUCCGCCCCUAAAUCAUGUCUCUAUUCAGUGAAGUCCCGCAGGCUCCUCCAGUGGCUGUUUUCAAACUGAGUGCUGAUUUCAGAGAGGACAGCCACCCGCAGAAAGUGAAUCUGGGAGUUGGAGCGUACCGUACUGAUGAGUGCCUGCCGUGGGUGCUGCCGGUGGUGAAGAAGGUGGAGAAGCUGAUCGUGGAGGACAGCAGUCUGAACCACGAGUAUCUGCCCAUCCUCGGCCUGCCCGAGUUCAGAUCCGCCUCCUCCAAGGUCGCCCUGGGAGACGACUGCGCCGCCAUCAAGGACAACAGGGUCGGGGGGGUGCAGGCUCUGGGGGGCACGGGAGCAUUGAGGAUCGGAGCCGAGUUCCUGCGCCGCUGGUACAACGGUGUCAACAACACGGCCACACCCAUCUACGUGUCAGCGCCCACCUGGGAGAACCACAACAGUGUGUUUGCUGAUGCUGGGUUCAAAGACAUCCGGCCAUACCAUUACUGGGAUGCUGCUAAUAGAGGUCUGGAUCUCGCUGGGCUCCUGGACGACCUGGAGAAAGCUCCGGAGCACUCCAUCUUCGUCCUCCACGCCUGCGCUCACAACCCCACCGGCACCGACCCCACCCAAGAGGAGUGGAAGAAGAUCGCAGAGAUCAUGAAGAGGAGGAAUCUGUUCGUGUUCUUCGACUCGGCCUAUCAGGGCUUCGCCUCCGGCUCUCUGGAUAAAGACGCCUGGGCGAUCCGCUACUUCGUCUCAGAGGGCUUCGAGCUGUUCGUGGCUCAGUCCUUCUCCAAGAACUUCGGCCUUUACAAUGAGAGAGUUGGAAACCUCACCAUCGUGGCUCAGGACGGAGAGAACCUGACCCGCAUCCUGUCCCAGAUGGAGAAGAUCGUGAGGACCACCUGGUCCAACCCCCCGUCUCAGGGAGCGCGCAUCGUCAGCAAGACCCUGAACUGCCCCGAGCUCUUCGCUGAAUGGAAGGGUAACGUGAAGACGAUGGCGGACCGCGUGCUGCUGAUGAGGGAUCAGCUGAAGGGGAAGCUGCAGGCUCUGAACACCCCGGGGACCUGGGAGCACAUCACCCAGCAGAUCGGGAUGUUCAGCUUCACAGGGCUCAACCCCAAACAGGUGGAGUUCAUGAUCAAAGAGAGGCACGUGUACCUGAUGGCGAGCGGCCGCAUCAACAUGUGCGGUCUGACCAGCAGCAACAUCGACUACGUGGCCCAGUCCAUCCACGACGCCGUCACCAAGGUCCAAUGAAGGCUCUCCAACCUCUGAUUGGUUCACCUGCCGAGGGAGGGAGUGUAACCAAUCAGAGGUUGAGGAUGAUUAGUGCAAUGAAGUGCAAUGAUUUUAGGGAAACACUUGAACGCACAGGUCUCACUGUCCCUCAAUCUUUAGAGUGUCCGAGUCAUUUCACGUCACACAAUGCUUCCUCUGUCACUGAUAGCACUUCAAUGGAUUUCAUAACGUAUCCGUAGUGUCGAUCAAAUUAAUGUAAAUAGAUGUGAGACGUCCUAUUGUUUCGUGAAGCACAUUGAAUCAUCAUGCAGAAGUGUUUUUAAAUAUUUAGUUCAGGCACAUAAAGGACAUGACAGUACGAUGAGAUGACAAUACAAGCUCACACACAAAGAUAUAUGAUAAAAAUGCUAUAUAAAUUACAAAACAGAGUUAAUAUGAUCCCUGCAAUAUUUUAUAUAACUUAAGAAACACACACGACAUGCAGCACAUAUUUAUGAAUCCCUAUAAUACCACUAUUUUGUCCCAUUUCCUGUUGUGUUGCGCCACCUUGUAACGGUUUGUGAUAAGAAAUUGGCAUCAAAAUGUAUUUUUAGCAACACUAGAUUCACGUAACUCCCAGAUGAGCUUUUAAAAUAUAUAUUAGGAAGUAAGUACGUUUUGAUUUCAUCGGAUAAUGCCUCUGUCAUGUGACCAGGUUAAAAGUAAUUUAACAGUUCAUGCAUGUGCCUCAUGUUGUUAUGUUUGCCUUGUCACACCUGUGCAGCUACACAGACGACCACAACGGUUCAUUUGUAAAGUCCAAAACUCGACUUUGUGCCAUCAGUGAACAAACUCUUCGUCCGUGUUGUUUCUCUCCGCCCUGCAGAGCUCUCACCGUGUUACAGAUGUUGUUGUUGUUAUGACCUCAGAGCCACAGUAACACACUUCCUUAUACCUCGUGUUGUUUGUAAUGGCACACAGCAGUAUGUGCACUCACACUGGAAUAAAUUAUGAACCAUAGGAAACAAG